AUGGGUCAAUACGUCACUUUAGCCACGUGCAACUUGAACCAAUGGGCGUUGGACUUUGAAGGGAACAAGGAACGUAUCAUUGAGAGCAUCAUUGAAGCCAAAAAGCAAGGAGCGAAAUUGCGAGUCGGUCCUGAGUUGGAGAUUUGCGGAUACGGUUGCUUGGACCAUUUCGCGGAGAACGACUUGUAUCAGCAUAGUUGGGAGGCCUAUGGAGACAUCUUGCAGGAUAAGCGCACCCAUGGGAUCCUAUUGGAUGUGGGUAUACCCAUCAUCCACAAGUGCAUCAAGUACAAUUGCAGAAUCAUUUCCUACGACGGGCGGAUAUUGUUGAUUAGACCCAAGUUGUCCUUGGCCAACGAUGGCAACUAUAGAGAAAUGAGGUACUUCACCCCUUGGAACAGGCCAAAGUACUACGAGCACUUUCAAUUGCCCUACCACAUCCGUAAAAUCACGGGCCAGUUCAAAGUUGUUAUCGGUGAUUGUGUCAUUGAAACAUUGGACACCAAAUUGGGGUGCGAGACAUGCGAAGAGUUGUUUACCCCGCAGUCUCCUCACAUUGCCAUGGCCUUGGAUGGCGUGGAGAUUUUCACCAACUCGAGUGGCUCGCACCAUGAAUUGAGGAAAUUGGACACCCGGUUGGGGUUGAUCAUGGAAGCUACUAAAAAAUGCGGUGGAGUCUACUUGUACGCAAACCAAAGAGGUUGCGACGGAGACCGUCUUUACUAUGACGGAUGCGCCAUUAUUGUUGCCAAUGGAGAGAUCUUGGCCCAGGCAUCUCAAUUUUCGUUGAAAGACGUCGAGGUGAUUAGCGCAACCAUCGACUUGGAUGAUGUUCGUUCGUACAGAAACCAAAAGUCUUCGGGGAUGCAAGCGGUUGACAAAGAGCACCCCUACCACAUCAUCCAAUGCGACAUGGAGUUGUCGCCAGGCGAGGACGUUUACAACCCAAACGUUGUUCCCACAAAACCGCAAAAUGUCAGAUACCAUUCCCCCGAAGAAGAAAUCGCAUUUGGGCCCGCGUGCUGGUUAUGGGACUAUUUGAGAAGAUCGAAAUGUGGAGGUUAUUUCUUGCCCUUGAGUGGAGGUAUCGACUCCUGUGCCACUGCCGUGAUUGUAUACCUGAUGUGCCGUUUGGUGGUGGACUCGGACGACGAGCAACCUUUAAAAGACUUGCGCAUGUUGACCAAGGACCCCAAUUUCACUCCAGAAAAGCCGCAGGAUGUCGCCAAGAAGCUCUUUAGUACUUGCUUUAUGGGCACUGAAAACUCGUCAAGGGAGACAAGAUCUAGAGCCAAGGAAUUGUCGGAAAAGAUUGGCUCGUACCACAUUGACCUUAACAUGGAUAAUCUUGUUACUGCCGUGGUGUCCCUUUUCAAAGUGGCCACUGGAAAAAAACCUAUUUUCAAGAUCUUUGGUGGCUCGCAAACUGAGAACUUGGCGCUUCAAAACAUCCAGGCUCGUUUGCGUAUGGUGUUGAGCUACUUGUUCGCCCAGUUGAUACCAUGGACACGAGGCCUCUCGGUUCCCGGGUUGCUAGUCUUGGGCAGUGCCAAUGUUGACGAGUGUUUGCGAGGAUACUUGACGAAAUACGACUGCUCAUCAGCAGACGUCAACCCAAUUGGCGGAAUUUCAAAGACUGAUUUGAAGAGAUUCAUUGCUUGGGCUGAAAAGAAAUUCGAGUUGCCCAUCUUGCACGAAUUCCUCACCGCGACUCCCACGGCAGAAUUGGAACCAAUCACCAAGGACUAUGUCCAAAGCGACGAAAUUGACAUGGGAAUGACCUACGACGAGCUUUCCAGGUUCGGCAAGUUGAGAAAAGUCGACAAGUGCGGACCGUUGGCAAUGUUUGUCAAGUUAUACCAUGAGUGGUCGCAACCACCUUACAAUUUGACUGCUGAGCAAGUGGCGGAAAAAGUCAAGAGGUUCUGGUUUUUUUACGCCAUCAACAGACACAAGAUGACAACCAUGACCCCGGCGUAUCACGCCGAGCAGUAUUCACCCGAUGAUAACAGAUUCGAUUUGAGACCGUUUUUGAUCAAUCCUAGGUUCCCCCAUGCUAGCAAGAAGAUUGACGAGAUGGUCGAUACGAUUAACCAGAGACAAAGGGAAAUUGACGAGAGCAACAAGAGUGUAGAUUAG